GACGGGGGGGGCUCAAGCCAUCCUGGAGGGUGCUGAUGACCUCGGCUCCCAGCAGGAGAACUACGAGGACCCCCACAAGACGCCGGCGUCGCCCGUGGUGCACAUCAGGGGCUUGAUCGACGGCGUCGUGGAGGCUGAUCUGGUGGAGGCGCUGCAGGAGUUCGGACCCAUCAGCUACGUGGUGGUGAUGCCCAAGAAGAGACAAGCCCUGGUGGAGUUUGAGGACAUCCUCGGCGCCUGCAACGCCGUCAACUACGCGGCCGACAACCAGAUCUACAUC